AUAUGAGUAGCCAAUAUGCUGAACUUUAUGCGGUGUAUCAGGCACUUCAACAAGAACAGGGGCAACAAUGUCAUAUAUAUACUGAUUCAUGGGCAGUGGCACAAGGUUUGGCAACGUGGAUGCCACAAUGGAAAAAACAUGAUUGGAAAAUUAAUGAUAAAGAAAUAUGGGGAAAGAAAUUAUGGGAAGACAUAUGGUUAUGGUGUCAAAACACAAUUGUUACUGUAUUUCAUGUUGAUGCUCACAGUUCUUUAAUUUCUGCAGAACGAAAGCAUAAUUCUCAUGCUAAUCAGCUGGUGCAGAUUCGUGCAACGCACAACCCAGGCUUAGCACAAUGGGUCCACGAAAAGAGUGGACACUUGGGAGAACAAGCUUCAUACAGAUAUUCCUGCUGUGUUUACUAUGCUGUGCUGCACUUCCAUGUCUGCUGCAGACCUACACGCCAACUAAUGUCUCCGUAGGACAACCUUUGACCCU